ACUGAAAACCUCACCAUGGAGAGGAACACUAGUGAUGCACUUUCUCGGAGCAAAACUGCCUCUGAGGAAACAUUGCACUCCUGUAAUGAAGAAGAGGACCAUUUCCGUGGAAUGGAGCCCUAUCUUGUACGGAGACUUUCAUCCCGCAGCAUCCAACUUCCUCCUCUUGCCUUCAGACAGUUGGAACAAAUGGACUUGAGAAGCGAAUCAGAGAAUAUCCCUCGGCCAACCAGCCUCCCCUUGAAAAUCCUGCCUCUGAUUGCUGUCACAUCUGCAGACUCAAGUGGUUUCGAUGUGGACAAUGGAACAUCAGCGGGACGGAGUCCCUUGGAUCCCAUGACCAGCCCAGGGUCUGGGCUGAUUCUCCAAGCAAACUUUGUCCACAGUCAACGCCGGGAGUCCUUCCUGUAUCGAUCUGACAGUGACUAUGACCUCUCUCCAAAGUCUAUGUCCAGGAACUCCUCGAUUGCCAGUGAUAUACAUGGAGAUGACUUGAUUGUGACUCCAUUUGCUCAGGUCUUGGCCAGCCUGCGAACUGUACGAAACAACUUUGCUGCAUUAACUAAUUUGCAAGAUCGAGCACCCAGCAAAAGAUCACCCAUGUGCAACCAACCAUCCAUCAACAAAGCCACCAUCACAGAGGAGGCCUACCAGAAACUGGCCAGCGAGACCCUGGAGGAGCUGGACUGGUGUCUGGACCAGCUAGAGACCCUGCAGACCAGGCACUCCGUCAGUGAGAUGGCCUCCAACAAGUUCAAAAGGAUGCUUAACCGGGAGCUCACUCAUCUCUCUGAAAUGAGUCGGUCUGGCAACCAGGUGUCGGAGUACAUAUCAAACACAUUCUUAGAUAAGCAGCAUGAAGUGGAAAUUCCCUCUCCAACUCAGAAGGAAAAGGAGAAGAAGAAAAGGCCAAUGUCGCAGAUCAGUGGGGUCAAGAAGUUGAUGCAUAGCUCCAGCCUGACUAAUUCGUGUAUCCCAAGGUUUGGGGUUAAAACAGAGCAGGAAGAUGUCCUGGCCAAGGAACUAGAAGAUGUGAACAAGUGGGGCCUCCAUGUUUUCCGAAUAGCAGAGCUGUCUGGUAACCGGCCUCUGACUGUUAUCAUGCACACCAUUUUUCAGGAACGAGAUUUGUUAAAAACGUUUAAAAUCCCAGUAGACACUUUGAUUACGUAUCUUAUGACCCUGGAAGACCAUUACCAUGCUGACGUGGCCUAUCACAACAACAUCCAUGCUGCAGACGUCGUCCAGUCCACUCACGUGCUGCUCUCUACACCCGCCUUGGAGGCUGUGUUCACAGACUUGGAGAUCCUCGCGGCCAUUUUUGCCAGUGCAAUCCAUGAUGUGGAUCAUCCUGGUGUGUCUAAUCAAUUUCUGAUCAAUACAAACUCGGAACUUGCCUUGAUGUACAACGACUCCUCUGUCUUAGAGAACCAUCACUUGGCUGUGGGAUUUAAGUUGCUCCAGGAAGAAAACUGUGACAUUUUCCAGAAUCUGACCAAAAAGCAAAGACAAUCUUUAAGGAAAAUGGUCAUUGACAUUGUACUUGCGACAGACAUGUCAAAGCACAUGAAUCUGCUGGCUGAUCUGAAAACGAUGGUUGAAACUAAGAAGGUGACAAGCUCUGGCGUCCUCCUCCUUGAUAACUAUUCCGACAGGAUCCAGGUCCUUCAGAAUAUGGUGCACUGUGCAGACCUGAGCAACCCCACAAAGCCACUCCAGCUGUACCGACAGUGGACGGACCGGAUAAUGGAGGAGUUCUUCCGCCAGGGGGACAGGGAACGUGAACGCGGCAUGGAGAUAAGUCCCAUGUGUGACAAGCACAACGCCUCUGUGGAAAAAUCACAGGUGGGCUUCAUAGACUAUAUUGUUCAUCCACUCUGGGAGACAUGGGCAGACCUCGUACAUCCUGAUGCCCAGGACAUUUUGGACACUUUGGAGGACAAUCGUGAGUGGUACCAGAGCACAAUCCCCCAGAGCCCCUCCCCUGCACCUGAUGACCAAGAGGAGGGCCGGCAGGGACAGACUGAAAAAUUCCAGUUCGAACUAACCUUAGAGGAAGACGGCGAGUCAGACACUGAAAAGGACAGUGGAAGUCAAGUGGAGGAAGACACUAGCUGCAGUGACUCUAAGACUCUGUGCACCCAAGACUCGGAGUCCACUGAAAUUCCCCUUGAUGAGCAGGUUGAAGAGGAGGCUGUAGCAGAAGAGGAAAGCCAGCCUGAAACUUGUGUCGCAGAUGAUUGCUGUCCUGACACGUAACAGUAUAAAGGCUGUCACACUUUUUCUUUUUUCUUUUUUUUUUUUUAAGUAGAAAACAAUUGUUUCCAAAGUGCAUGUCACAUGCUACAGCCAUGGUCACACCUCACUGUCAUCUGCCAGGACGUUUGUUGAACAAAACUGACCUUGAACUACUCAGUCUGGCGCUCAGGAAUAUUGUAACCAGUUCUUUCACCCCCAUGUCAUCGGAGAAGGGAGAUGUCUUCACGAACACGAUGCUGACGUGACGUCAGCCCGGUAGAGCUGACAAGGCAGAUAAAAUCAACUCCAACUGUUUUCAAGGGAGCGUGGCUCAUCCAGCUGCCCAGACGUAGAUCGGAUUGCAGGGUUCCUUCCUGGUUUGUUUGCAGAAAUUUUAAGAAGAAAGGCGGCAUUUGAUGAUGCGUAUCGUGAACUCACAGAUGUAGCAAUGAAAGGGUCAGGAACAGGACACAGCUUGGAUCUGUCCCCAGGAGGAUGAGCCACAGCAAUUGCAUAAUUUUCUAAUUUCAAGUCUUCCUGAUACGUGACUGAACAGUGUGGUUCAGUGAGCCACACGCACCUCUACAUUUUGUAUGAUAUGUAAAACAAAUUUUUUUGUAGAGCUUACUUUUAUUAUUAAAUGUAUUGAGGUAUUAUAUUUAAAAAAAAACACAAAACAAAACAAAAGUCUGUUCAGAACUUCAUCUGCCGCUGGUUAUUAUUAUUAUUAUUAUUAUUUUUUUUACUAAGAUGUAACUUGCAAGUUUUCAGUACGGAUCAGUACCACACUGGAGAAAUCUCAUUUACGAAUUUUACUCGCACCUUAGAGUUCAUAGCAAUGAACUGAUUUGUAGUGAUUCAUUGUUUUAUAUACCGAUGACUUCCAUACUCUAAAACAGAGAAACAAAUUUGUGUUGCCGGAAACCCUUUUUGUAAGUGUCCAUUGACUCCUCCUUUUCUUUCACUCCUCCGCCUCCAGGAGAGUUGCUCUCCCCCAUCGCUUCCUUCACUGUGUGCAAACUAUUUAUUCUGUGAUACGUCAAUGUGCAUUAUGUCUAGUGUGACUUAAACCUCAUAGGAACUGCUCUUGUCUGAAGUCAAUGGGAGCUAUAUAAAUACCCAGUAGCUAAAACAAUCAGUCUUUUCCAGGCGUUUUCCUACCCACUGCCUACUGAUGACUUCCUUUUUUUUUUUUUAAUUUUUUAAUGUGUCAGGAGACAUGCAUUCACAAAUGCUUCUCCUUGUAGAAGGUCAUUCAUGUACAUCUCAUGAUCAUUUCAUUGUUGCUCACAGCCAGUUACAGGAAGAAAAACACAUUUUCCCAUCAUGCUGCUUGAUUUAAUGUCUAUGCCAGCCUCUGCCCAUGUUGGGUUCUUACCAAGUAUGUCACUACCAUUCUGACUGAGAAAAAAGAAACAGGUUGUCAGGUUAGGGUUGCAGUUGAAUUCUAUUACAUGGUUCUGUCUUUGCUAGCUUUUCCUCUGAGGUUGCAGAGGAGAAGCAUGCUAAGUGUUACAUAGGCAAUUCUUAAGGAUGUCAGCUGACUCUGUCAAUGAAUACCAGGACAGCUAUUGUUUGAACUGCCCAUGGAAGUAAGACCUCCAUGAGGAGUAGCCCUGGGAAGUGGUUCUAAGUGUUGCAGCUGCUCUCUCCUAAUGGAUAGCCCAAUCCCAUGUGGACAUUGCUAUUGAUUAUUAGUGCUGCGUCAGCUUGUCCCAAAUGAAGGACUGCUACAGACAGGGUAAAGGAGAGUUGAUGAUGCCCCUGGCUCCAGGCAGGUUGUGAUGUGAUGGAGUCUAAAACAGUGGAUUGUGUGAGUCCGCCUCAGUAGAACAUGAAGAGGGAAUUCCAGAUUUCAGCUCCAGGAACUCAGUUGACUUUAUAGAUGAGUUCCCAGGGUUAACUUGGUGAUAACAGUCCAGCCUCAUGCAUCACGUGUCUAGCCUUAGACUUUAGUUGUAAGGUUCUUGGUGUAAGAUUUGGAGGCCAUGUUAUUUUCCUUUUUGGCACCCAAAUGAGGACUAAAGUGGUGUACAACCAAAUGGAAAAAAGGAUACAUUUAAGAAAAGUCAUAAGUCUGAAAAAAAAUCAUGAAUAAAACUUCUCAAGGAAGUUGGGGGCUAGUGACUGAGAAAGUAAAUCGUCAGCCAGAGAAAUCACCCAAGCUGCUCUGAAACCCUGUUUCAACUGAAUCCAAACGAUGCUGAGAGCCUUUGGUACAGAAGUGUUUCUGAUCGUGGACACAGGGCAGGAUAAAAACCAAACAACUGAUAUUGGAGUGGCAAGCCACCUUUUCUCGUAAAGAGUAAAUGGUACCCAGUCAGCCUUUGUGUGACCAGAAAUUUCACAAAACACUUGGGACACCUGUUUCUCUCUUCAUUUUCUGGAUCCCUGAGGGAGGUCUAGAAGGAAAAUCGAAGGAAGAGUCUAGAGUUUACCCUGCUUUCCCAAUCAUUCUCACUUUCUCCACUCCCUAUGUGUGGCAUUUCCCCCGACAGAGUGCCUGUAGUCUUCAUAAUAAAAUAAGUAAAUAAAUAAGCAAUAUGACAUAAACAGAUCCAUACUGCUAGCCUUUACAACUACAGUAAUGGAGCUUUUGUUUUGUAGUGUGUUGGUUUUUAAUGGCACUGUGCUGUCAAGGUAUCCACUGACGGACAAUCAAGCUGUAGAGGACACAUAAUAUCCAAGAGUUAGGGACUAAUAUACCAUACCUACUCAACCGUCUGCCUACCACCCCUACCCCUUUACCAUGCCCUGCCCUUGCUCACUCUCUCUUGUCAGUGUGCUUCACAAUACACACUGAAUUAACAAGAACAUCUUUAUACAAGUGGCUUUACAUUUCCUAAAAUGCCGUAAGAAAAAUGCAAUAUCUAGGUACUGUAUGGAGGAAAAAGAAGUCUAAGAUUUGCAUAAAACCAGUACAUUUCAGCUUGCAAGUUACUGAACAUGAUAAUGCUACUUCCAUUAUGUUUUUAUCCACGUCAGUUAAAAGUCACAAGUACACAGUGUAGAUAGAACAAACUGCAGAUAAGGAGAGAAAAAAAAUAAACUUGAAUGAAACAGAUUUUACAGAAAGCUUUAUGAUAAUUUUAAUGCAUUAUUUAUUUUUUUGUGCCAUGCAUUUUUUUCCUCACCAAAUGACCUUACCUGUAAUACAGUCUUGUUUGUCUGUUUACAACCGUGUAUUUAUUGCAAUGUACAUACUGUAAUGUUAAUUGUAAAUUAUCGGUUCUUAUUAAAACAUCAUCCCAAGCUGGGAUGGUGUUGACAUAUUUGGAAACUCUUGGUGAGAGAAUGAAUGGUGUGUAUACAUACUCCUUGUACAUUUUUUUUCUUCUGUAAUAUAGUCUCGUCAUCAUAGAGCUUGUUUAUGGAAAAUUGAAGCAAAAUAUAAGAUACAUAAAGAUAUAUAAAUUUAAAUAACAUAGCUGCAGGUCUUUGGUCCCAGGGCUGUGCCUUAACUGUAACCAAUACUUUCUUCUGUUUUGCUGCAUUUCAAAGUUAGGUGAUAGUGAGGCUGGGGCUGGGCAUUUUGGAGCCUUGAUCCUCACUGAUUGGAUUACAAUCUAUAGAUCACUGCUGGAGAACCUUCUGACCCUUGUGAGUUAAAAGCUCUUAAGUACUUGUUGCCAUGGAGCAAAAUGGCACCGAUGGUGCGUGUUUACCAGCUGAGUACUGAGAGCUACUUCACCUGGACACACAGGAUUGGUUUUCUUACUCCCAAACCACAGACUAAGGAAACAGUCUUCUCCAGUGACCGUAGAAUAGCCUUCUGGCUUCUAAACCUCACAGGGAGAUGCAUUAGAUUUGAAAUGGGAGCCAUAGAUCACUGAUCUCGUCAGCCCUGUGGUCACCAGCUUCCUGCCAUGCCAAGACAUUACACUAUUUUUAAUACUGUCUUUUCUCCAAGAUUAACCAAAUUUAGAUAUGUAUUAUACAUAGUCCAUAUGUAUAAUACAUAUGCAUACAUACACGUGUACAGACAUGUACAUGUGAAUCAUCUACUUAAACACAGUUAUAUGACGAUGCCAAUUCAUGUAAAAAUAAAGAAUUCGUGUCUCUAAAAUUGUUUUGUGUGUCCACGUGGAACUGUUAAGCCUAGCCUUGUACAAUGGCCAGUCCUAAAAGCCACGAGAGCUUCCUUGUGGAAAUGGUGGCCACCUCCCACUACAGCCCAGCCCUUAGAAUUUGUCACAUAGAAAAAAGUUCUUUUUUUCUAGGAAAAAAAAGAGCCUUCUAUUAUUUCAUUUUAUUUUUGACACAAACUGUAGAUUUUAGCAGCCCUGGCCCAAAGGAAUUUGAUUACUUUUGUUUUAAACAGUACAAAUGGGACACUAUACUCAGAAAAUACACCCUUUACUGAUUUCAGUUUUUUAAUUAUUUCUUUGGGUAUGUUUUCAGAGUGGUGAACUGUGUGUGAGCAUCACAGAUGAUGAAUCUGUUAGUGGUUUCGUAGCCUCUCUUACAGCCCAUGGGGAUAGCACUGUACAUCAAUACCUUCAUAUAAAAUUUUUAUAUGCCAUGAAAAUAAAAGCAUGGGUUGAUUCUGCCUA